AUGGCUUCAAAUCCUGCUAAUAUCGUCGAAAAAGCGCACCCAACCACCGUAUUCCGAUGGGGACCACUAGCUCGCCGGAAAUUUUCAUUCCGGAGGAAGAAGUUGCCGACGGUGCGUUUAGGAGGCGGGAAGAAUAACAACAAUCGCCGGAGAUUCUCCGUCGCGAAGCUUUUCCGGCGAGUAAAAUUGCGGUGGCUGAAGUUGCAGUAUACGUGUUUGCUGAAAAAACUGAGAGAGUAUUAUCGGUCUGCGGUGAAAGAUUUAAUGGAAAAUGGCGGAGCAUUGGAUUCGUUUCAGCAACGUUUACUAUUGGAGACUUCUUUUGCCGUUCCGGUGAUGGGACUUUCCUUCAAUACUUUUCCAAAUCACUAUGGCACUUGA